AUGCCGCCUAAGCAGCGCAGCCGAGAAGGUCAACCCUUGCAAACCAACGAGGAAGUUAAUCAGUCUCGCCCAAAUCGUAAAGGUCAUCAACGUAACCGACUGGCCAUGUGUGCAGAAGAUGUUGAGAAGCUUGUGAAUAACCAACUUCGAGACUUAAAGAUUGGUGAAAAUUUCGAAGAUGCACUACAUGUUGAGGUAGAACGAGCAAAUUCAUCAACUUUUACCGCCGACAUCGAGCAGGCUGCUCCCUCGAAACGAUUCUUAACACCCUAUUUCACAUGCUUCAAAGGGGAUUCUGAUCCCGAAAGCCAUUUGAAGCAUUUCAAAAGCCUUAUGAUUCUCUACAAAGCCGAAGGGGCGCUAAUGUGCAAGGUGUUUGCAAUGACUUUACGAGGAGCAGCUUAG